AUGAGUCCCGAACGGCAAGAGGCAGAACAGAUGGCCGACGAGCUCAUUGACGGCUCGGAGAUCAUCCGCUGCGGCACAGGCGUCGCGGAAGAAACGCCCUUGCCAUGUGUCGCCGUGUGCGGCGUUGGCACGCUCGAGGAGGAGUCCGUGGGGGCUGCGGUACAUCAAGAAUUCCAAGUUUUCAAAGGUGAUGGCCCUGAGGCGCCGGUGUGGUUCGACCUGCUGGGCGUGGUCCAGCGCAGCUGGGAGGACCUGGACCAGGCGAUGGCCAGAUGCCGCACCAUGGUGGUGUGUCCACCGUUAGGGCUGAGCGAUCGCCGCAAGGUCAAAGCGAUGAGAGAUGGUCUCAAGAUCUUGCUGGACAGCUGUCCAAGCGCCCUGAAUCGCAUCGUGAUCCUGAGCCAAAUUGGUGCUCAGGCAGGUGGUGGUGGUUUCAAUGUGGGCUCCUUCUUCGGCGUGGACUUCAAGAGUGCCUUGGUGGACGAGGUCACCGUCUACGCGCGGAAGCGGCCGCCCAGUCAGCCCUUGAGCGUCCUGGUGGUCCGAGCUGGUGACCAGGACGUCCGGCCCGGUGUGGUGCAGGUGAGUCUCAACGAGGAGUCAGGCAAGACCUCGCCGGAGACGGUGGCGGCUGCCAUGUUCAAUGCAGUGUUGUAUGGAGUGAAUGCGAAUUUCACGGUCCUGGACCGGCGGCAGGGGCGCCGCAUGGCCUGGGGAGAAGUGCUGUUGCCCUGUGUGGGCCCAGAGGUGUGGCGGAAAGAGGUGCCGGAUGCGAGGAAGGCCGCUCUUUUCGUGCAACAGUGGGCCUCAACCUUCAUUGAUGGCUCCUUUCGCUUCGGCAUGAAGACGCCCAUGGAGCAGAGGCCAACGCCUUCGGGGUGCGAACUGCGCUUCCGCCCGGUGGGCACGCCCUCCGCAAAGACCAUGGAGGAGUUAGAUGAAGGAGGCUUGGAGUUCCUGGCGGAGCUUGCGCCAGAUGGCACUCAGCGGCUGCGCUGCCGCCGAGUGGCGUACAGCGCCAAGGCAGCUUGCGGAUAG